AUGUCGGGACUGUCAGCGUUGCUUAAGGAGAAACAUAUUCGCUACAUUGAAUCACUAGAUUCCAAGAAACACAAUUUUGAAUAUUGGCUUACGGAACAUCUUCGUUUAAACGGGAUGUAUUGGGGGCUUACAGCCCUAUGUGUGCUUGAUUCUUCCGAGACGUUUGCAAAAGAUGAGGUUAUAUCGUUUGUGCUCAGUUGCUGGGACGAUAAAUAUGGCGCAUUUGCACCAUUUCCAAGGCAUGAUGCACACUUAUUGACCACACUGUCCGGGGUGCAGAUUUUGGCCACGUAUGAUGCCUUAGACGUUCUCGGCGAAGAGCGUAAAGCUCGAUUGGUUGCAUUUAUUCGUGGCAACCAAUUGGAGGAUGGCUCAUUUCAAGGUGACAGGUUUGGGGAAGUCGAUACAAGAUUUGUUUAUACGGCGUUGAGUGCGCUGUCGAUUUUGGGCGAAUUGACGCCGGAAGUGGUUGAUCCUGCAGUGAAAUUUGUACUAAAGUGUUAUAAUUUUGACGGUGGAUUUGGAUUGUGCCCUAAUGCUGAAUCACACGCAGCGCAAGCUUUUACGUGCCUUGGUGCUUUGGCUAUUGCGAACAGGUUAAACGCGCUAAAUCAUGAUCAAUUAGAAGAGAUUGGAUGGUGGCUUUGCGAGCGGCAAUUACCAGAAGGUGGAUUGAACGGUAGGCCAAGUAAACUACCUGAUGUUUGUUACAGUUGGUGGGUUUUAUCUUCACUGGCUAUUAUUGAUAAACUGGACUGGAUAAACUACGAGAAAUUAACUGAGUUCAUACUAAAUUGUCAAGAUGAGAAAAAGGGCGGAAUAAGUGAUAGACCUGAAAAUGAAGUUGAUGUUUUCCAUACUGUCUUUGGGGUUGCUGGCCUAAGUUUAAUGGGGUACGGUGAUCUAGUUCCAAUAGAUCCUGUAUAUUGUAUGCCAAGCUCCAUCACAGCCAAAUUCAAAAAAUAUCCAUACAAAUAG